GCUGUUGAAUUUUUUUCGUUCAUUCCCAUAAAAUACAAUUUUGUGUUAUUUUAUUUGUUCAUAAAUAUUCAACCAUGUCAAUUAUGGAUGCAUUAAUUUCCUUAAUGGAAGUUAAAUUGGACAUUGGAACUGAAGACAUCGACGAUGAUUUACGAAUUUGGAAUAAAUACAUGACGAAAAUUGAUAUUGUCGAUUCCCAUCCAUGUCACAUCAAGAUAACGUUCCAUAAAGCUACAACGCCCGAUGAAUCGUUUUUUGUGUUGAGACUCAAUACAUCUGGCGCUAAAGUCUACACAGUCAAGUCAAGAACAAAAAAAUUUGUAUACGGCAUGUACUUUUGGCAACAACAAAAACAAUGCAUUAUUUUUUUCUCAUUUGAUACAAAAGUACGAAUGAAGGCGCACAUGACUUGGACGGAAUUGCAAAUACAAAAUUUAGAAAUGCAUAGACGAGAAUCGAUUCACGAGCGGAACACAUUUGAUAGCUUCAUUUACCAAAAUAAUUGCAAUAAUUUAAAUAAUCCACCCGAUAUUUGCUCUAUGGCAAAUGAAAAGACUUCCAUGGCACAGAGAGCGUCGAUAAUGUCGGGUAUUUACGAGGAGAUUAUGGAAAAUUCAAGAUGCAAAUUAAAUUCGAUGAAAUUUAAUGAGCCUCCACCAUUACCACCACCGCGUAAGAGAUUAGACACGGAAAGUAGUAGUUUACCUCGUACUUAUACAUCUGAAAGUGAAUAUUUGGCAAAGAAAAAAUGGAGAUUAUUCAAAAGAGCUAAGAAGCGAGAUAAAGUAUCAUAUCAGCCAAAGGAAUUACACAAAAGGAACAGCAUAUCAACACCUGAUCUAUAUUCACCAGAUAUUGAGAAUUUAAACGUAUCAAGUAAAUUAAAUUCAAGUAAUUCUUUCGAAUUAGAUUAUUUGUACAAGGACAAUGGAAAGUUAAGCGACGAGGAGGACUAUUUAAAGAACAUAUCCAAUAAUAUAAAGUUCAAUUUUGAACCAAGCUUUAACGAGGACAUAUCAAAAGUAAAUCUUGUUGGUAGCUGCUUCAAUUUAGACAAGACGAUUGAAAAGUGCGAUGAAUUGAAGGAACUAGAUAGUCAAAUGCUCAAAAAUGAUAUUCUAUAUAGACUAAAGUAUUCAUUUAAUAGUCCAAUAACUAUAAAACGUGAAUUCGAUUACGAUUCACCCACAAUGAUGAAGAGAAUCAAUGAGAAUGAGUGUCAUUACAUGCCAAUGAAUAAUGGAAAGAAGAACUCACCGAAGCAUAUGCAAUUACAGCAAGCUAAUGAUGAUGAGAAUGCAUAUGUACCAAUGAAUUUUGCUAAACAAUGUGAUGAUGAAAUUUCACGUGAAAAUACGAAGAACAAAAGAUAUUCGAUAGACGAUAAAAUUCCUUCCUACUACCCCAAUUAUGAUCUUCCAGCGAAAAUUGAGAAAUCACCUCCGUCUGAAAUUAAUGGCAAUAAAUCAAGUCACAUAACCAGUUCAUUAGAUAAGGAAAAAUCACUGUCAUUAAAUAAAAUCAAUCGAAGCGACUCAUUUCAUUCAAAGAACUCCCAGACACCACUCAACCCGAAUAUCUUGAGGAAGUAUGCUACGCUGGAUAGAGUAUCGUCAUCUGCUGAUCGAUUAAAAGAGAAUCGUUCAAGAGACAAGUUCGAUAGUGUCUCCAUAUCAAGCACAUUAUCACGAUUGAAGAAGCUUAACUUCUCGCCAUUAAGGGAGAAAAUAUCGAAUGUUAUACAGAGAAAUAACUCGAAAUAAUUAUCACAAAUUGAUAUUAGAAUUGGUAAUCGAUAGAAUAUUGGUGGCUACAAAAAAUUAUCGAUGAUAUUAAUAAGGUUGAUGCUCGGCUAUUAAGCAAUGGAUAUUGGAAAAAUUUGAGCUUGUUGCGGUGUUGGGGAAUUUUUGUUGGGAUUUUAUUGGCGAAAGGCAAAGGUUUUGGGAAUUUUUGAGAUAUUAGGUUGACAUUUUUGAAAUUUGAACUUCAACGGCUUAUUAUUUUUAUUUUUGAAAUUCAUACGCUGUCAAUUUUUAAACUUUGAACUUAAAUGGCUGAAAGUUUUUGAAUUUUGAACUACAACUAUUGACAAUUUUUGAAUUUUUUACUUUAGCGGUUGACAAUUUUUGAAUUUUGAAAUUUAAAGGUUGACAAUUUUUGAAUUUUGAACUUACAUUGUAAAAGAUUUUUGAAUUUUGAACUUAACGGUUGAUAAGUUUUGAAUUUCGAACUUCAACGGUUGACAUUUUUUGAAUUUUGAAUUUUAACGGUUGACAAUUUUUGAACUUUAACUGUUGACAAUUUUUGAAUUUUAAACUUAAAAGGUUGAAGAUUUUUGAAUUUUGAACUUAACGGUUAAUAAUUUUUGAAUUUAAACUAACCGAUCCCCAAUCCUGACAAAGCAUCCCCCAACAAAAAAUUAAAUUAGAAAUUAAUAAGGUACUAUACGCUUGCUUCAAGCUAUUUCUAUAGCAUCUAUCGAUUACCAAUUCACGUCAUACACAGUACAAACAAGUAUUAAAAAUCAAAAAUUGUAUUGAAUUUUUUUCGCAAAAAAAAGAAAUAAAAAAUUGUGAGACUGCUUUUAUGCUAAUCAUUUAUUAUAUUAUACUUGACGCUUUAAAUUGUUGCUUUUUGUAAG